AGAAGAAGACACACCACCGGAAAUCGCAGCGGAAGUCGUAUCGUCAGAGACAAAUGGCUGGGCUGCUGAAAAAGACCACCGGCCUGGUCGGCCUGGCAGUGUCCCAGAAUCCCCAUGAGCGUCUGCGGAUCCUGUACACUAAGAUCCUGGCCACGCUGCAGACCAUGCCACAGGACGCCGCCUACAGAAAGUACACGGAGCAGCUGGUCAGCGAGAGGUUCAACCACGUCAAAGCGGAGCCGGAUGUAGAGAAGCUGGAGCAGAAGAUCAACUGCGGGCAGAUUGAAGAGGUUAUUUUCCAGGCCGAGUGUGAGCUGUCCCUCUCCAGGAAGAUGUCUGAGUGGAAACCUUGGGAGCCCCUGAUAGACGAGCCCCCUCCCAACCAGUGGAAAUGGCCUAUCUGAAGAACACACCUGUGUAA